CAGUCUUGCGCGACGCUCGCUUUCGUGAACGCGUAUUUGCGCGCGCGCGCUCUCUCACUCUCUCUCUCUCUCUCUCUGUGUGUAUAUUUCUCUAUUAUAUGUACAUGUAUAUACAGAAGAUACCACCAACGUACACGCAUACGGCUUGUCGUAUACUAAACCUAUUUCUCGGAGCCAGUGUGUUCAAUUCCCCCUCGUCGUUUAUCUCUCUUUCUCUUUCUCUACUACUAUACUACUACUCGAGUGCUGUCCGUCGCGUGUGUCGUGCGUGUCUUCGAGUGAACAGUGCCCAUAGUGCGGUGUCUCUCUCUCUCUCUCUCUCUCACUACUCUCUAUCAUCGCUGUGUUACACAUUUCCAUAAAUAAGUACGCACGCAGCUAUACGUGCGUAUAAACGCGUGUAGAGGCGCAGACGUGGAUAGAGUUGUGUGCGUGAGUGUGCUGCUAGCUGGAUCAAAACAACGAGCGGCGCCGCGCGGCGUGCGAGGAGGAACGCUAAGUAGUGUGUGUCUGUCGCGCUGUGCUGAUCCGCGGCCCACGACGACGAAGACGCCGAGAAGAGAAGACGUCGCCAGUGCUCCCAUCACAUCAGAGUACAGUGAUAUCGAGUUGCUGUGCUGCUGCUGUUGUUGUUUUGAGGCGAGUUGUGUGACCGUGCGCGAGCAAUUGUAACUCGGCGCAAGUGUGCGCUCUGUCUGUACAGGAGAGAAGUUAUCCCUCUUUAUUGCUUUUGUGCGUGUAAUACACAAACGACGUGUGCGUGUGCGCGCACGCGAUAUUAUUAACGAUAAUGAGACUGCCGAGGCGGAGCAGUAGCCGCAACGCGGCUGCCUCGUCAACAACACGCGACUCCUAACCUCAAAGCAGCAGCUCCUAACCUCUCAUCUCGGAAGAUUGGAGAUCUUUCUCGCGCGCGCGCGAGAGAGAACGAACCUCGGAGCCGGAGCAAAAGUGACAGGUAGAAGAGAAGAAGAAGUCUACGCAGCCAGUGCAUCGACGGGACGCGGCAACGUCCCUCUAUAGAGUGCGUCGAAAUUCGUCCCCAUAGAACAGACACUAGGAGAGAAGCGGAUAGCGACUCCGGAAAUCGCCAACAAUACGUCCCCAAAAGUUCAAACCAAAUCGAGAACCCCAAUCGAUUCAGUCGAGGCGUCGUAAGAAUCUGCCACAGCAUUUAACCCUCUAUAAGUCGCAGAGAAAAACGCCGCGUUAUUGCACGUCGAACUACACAGAGGAUCGAAGGGAGUAGAAGUCGAUUGUACGUUCUUACACUUCGGAGAAACUCAAGAGGCUCACGCAAGAAAAAAGGAUGCGACGCAGUCAUUCGUCGGACUCGCCAGUUAGCCAGCGCCGCCGUAUCUUCGCCACAUCCUGGAUCUCGAUAACCUCGCGAAAUAGAAAAGUCUCCUAGAAUCAUCGCGCAACGUCCUACAAGUAAGAUGAGCCUUCUCGCUUUCCAGCUCAAGCAGCAAAACUGACCCGCUAUCAUCAUCGUCUUGUGUAAAUUCGCCAAUUGCCGGGGAUGUGCCGACCCCGACGCUCGAGCAAGCGGUCGAACGUCGCGGCGACAGGAGCAUCCGUGUUCCUCGCACAAGAAGACUCUCCAAUGAAAUCCUUGUGGUCAAGCCCAUCGCAGCGAUGAACCUUUCGUGAGAGUGAAGGGGAGAGACAGUGAGAGUGUGCGCGUCUCUCGGAAUUUGAAAAUGUCAAAUCUACACCGAAGUACAAUGACGACAACGACGUCGGGCUGCAUCGAGACCUCGUCGUGCCGCUGCUGCUGCUGCUCGUGCGGCAGGGAGCUGUCAGACGCCGCGAGGCUCUGUCCGCUUUGUCAGCGAUUACAGCAUGACAGCAAGGCCUGCGGCGACGAACGACGCGGCAGCCGAAGGAAGAAUCAUCAUCAACGGGAGGAUAGUGGAAGAAGGCGAAAGUACGACGACAACACAGAGAAGGACUUCCGCUCGACGACGACCAGCACGAGGAGGAGGCGCUCCGCCUCGAGCGUCGUCAGAUGGGUCUCUGCCAAGUGCAGCAGGACGAAGAUCGCGAGGACUACUGGCUUCUGGCCCGGGGCUCUCAGUACGGGUAUCGUCCUGCUGAUGCUGCUGCUGACGCUCGGCAGAGCCGUCGCCGAGAACGCGAAGACCGCCGUCGAGGGGACUGCGCCGAAUCAUGCAUCGGGCAGAGUGUGCCAAAGCAUAGACAUAAGGAACAAGUUGAGCGAGUUCUCGAAGCUCGACGGAUGCCGCGUCGUCGAAGGCUUCCUGCAGAUUCUUCUGCUCGAGAAUACCAACGAGGCUCACUUCGAGAACAUGAGCUACCCGGACCUCGUGGAAAUCACUGGAUACUUCAUGGUCUACAGAGUACAAGGACUGCAAAGCCUCGGCCACCUGUUCCCGAACCUGGCGGUGAUAAGGGGCCACUCGCUAUUCAUGAACUACGCCUUCGUGGCCUUCGAAAUGACGAGUCUACAGGAGAUCGGACUGGCCUCCCUGACUGACAUUAUGCGCGGCUCAGUGCGUUUCGAAAAGAACCCGGUGCUCUGCUACGCGAACACCGUUGACUGGGACCUCAUUGCCCACGCCGGCAAAGGCGGCAACGUCAUUUCGUCCAACAGGCCGAAAAACGAGUGUCCCGUUUGCGAGAAAGACUGUCCCAGAAGACCAACAAACCUCGAUGAGAGACUCUGCUGGAACAAGCAAUUUUGCCAAAAAGUGUGCACCAGCUGCCAGGACAAAGACGGGCGAGAUCGCACGUGCACCGUUGGUUCCCGACCUGACAACAAGACCAUCUGCUGCCACGAGAAUUGCCUGGGUGGCUGCACCGGACCCUCGAAUCUCGAGUGCAAGGUCUGCCGUGAUGUCGUCGUCAACCAGAACGAGUGCGUCAGCAGCUGUCCAAACGGAACCUACCAGUUCUUCAACCGUCGCUGCAUCACCAAGCGCGAGUGUCAGAUGAUGCGGCGACCUCGCGAGGCCCCUGCCGAAACCCGGGCCUAUCCCUUCAAGCCAUUCAACAACGAAUGCCUCAUGGACUGUCCGGCCGGUUACGAAGAGGUCGCCGAGAAAGACAUGUGGUCGUGUAAGAAGUGCACGGGUCCCUGUCUGAGGGAGUGCACUGGCAUCGUAGUCGACAGCAUCGCUACGGCGCAAAAGUUGCGUGGUUGCAGUCACAUCAAGGGCAACCUCGAGAUCGCGGUUCGCGAAGGUCAGAACAUCGUGCACGAGUUAGAGGAGAGCCUGAGCAACAUCGAGGUCAUCACUGGCUACCUCAAGAUCUUCCGUAGCUUUCCCCUCAUCUCCCUCAGCUUCCUCAAGAAUCUCGUCGAGAUCAAGGGCGAGACACUCGACAUGAAGGACUACUCGCUCGUCGUCCUCGACAAUCAGAAUCUCCAGCAGCUUUGGAACUGGACGACGAGGCCGCCCCUCAAGAUUGGGUCCUCGAACCCUGUGCCCAAAGUCUCCUUUCAUUACAACCCCAAACUCUGUCUCCAGACGAUCGAGGAAUUGCGUGAGCGCACGGGCCUGAAUCCGUUCCGCGAAGUCGAGGUCUCGCCGACGAGUAACGGAGACAAGGUUGCCUGCAACGUCACCGAAAUAAGAACCAUAGUUUUCUCGAUCUCCUCCAAGGCGGCGAUGAUCAAUUGGGAGCCGUUCGAGCAUCAUGACAUGCGUACCCUUCUCGGUUACGUGCUCUAUUCGAAGGAGGCGCCCUUCCAGAACGUCAGCAUGUACGAGUCCAGGGAUGCCUGUGGUGGCGACGGAUGGAAGGUCGUUGACAUCGGCGUCAACGAGGAAGAUAAAAUUAAGAUGAAGAAAAUCGACACGUCUAUCUCUGACUCGAACACCAACAAUGUCACCAACAAUCGUUCCUCUACCUAUACCCAGUAUACAAUACUGACGCAGCUGAAGCCAUUCACGCAGUAUGCUUACUACGUGAAAACGUACACGAUUUCGACGGAACGCUCGGGUGCUCAAAGUAAGCUCAAGUACUUCAAGACUCUACCAGGCCAGCCUUCUAUAGUGCGCGCUUUGACCAUAUACAGUAAUGCCAGUGACACCCUCGUCAUCAGCUGGUUACCACCAACCGAGGCUAACAGCAACCUCACCCACUACGAGAUCACCGGCCAGAUGGAGCGUUACGAUUUGACCUUUUUGCGACAGAGAAAUUACUGUAUUGAACCUAUGCAAGUGCUGGAAUAUAAGCCGAUUGCCGAGAUCGCUGCCGAGGAGAAGAAACGCGCCGAACAGGAAUUGGAGGCAUCGAAAAUACCGGAACCGAGCACCUGUGAGUGCAAAAAACGAGAUCCAGUUCAGUCUGAAUCAGAGGUCUACAGUUCAAUCACUUUCGAGGAUGCUCUGCACAAUACGGUCUAUGUCAGGCGCCAAGAUAACAGACGUCGACGCGAUGUAUCCUACACCAGCGUCAUGCUCGAAGCGGUCCGCAUGAAGCGCGAGCUUACCAAUUAUCAGGAGAAAGACGUGAUAAGUCACAGUAAGAAGUCCCUGCAGAAUCAGUCGAAGACGAACCCCGAACAAGAACGAAGCCUGGAGCAGCAGAAAAUCCUAAACCCGGAUGAAGAUUACAUCGAGGAUGGCGCGAUAGUGUAUUUCAAACGUAAGGUACCCGCAAAUGAGUUGAACUUCGUAAUGCGCGGUCUGCGCCACUACGGGAAAUACAACAUCAAGGUGACGGCCUGCCGCGAUAAAAAAGCUAACGCCCACGAACUACCUUGCUCGUCCGAGUCAAUGAAGUCCUUACAAACGUUGAGACUUGACCAUGCCGAUGAAAUACCAAGUGGAACGCUGAGGCUGCAAAAGCAAGCAAACAACGAUAGUACAACAUCGAUUAAGCUCACGUGGGACGAGCCACCCCGACCUAAUGGCGUCAUCGUUACCUACCAGAUAGAGUAUAAGAGGGUCGACGUUCAAAAUCUCAAAGCUGAAGUGGCCUGUACAACACGAGACAAGUUCAACGAGGACGGCAACUCGUACCUUUUACAGAAUUUGGCCACGGGCAACUAUUCGGUACGGGUGCGCGCGACGAGUUUUGCCGGCAAUGGCGAGUACACCGAGUACAAGUACUUCGACGUACCCGAGUCGAAUUACUCAAUGCCCGCCUGGAAGGUCAUUUUGAUUGUAUUAUUUAGCAUUUCAUUCAUCUUGGGCGCCUUUCUCGUCGCCGCUUGGUUCUUCAAGCGAAAGUUUAUGCGCAAUGUACCGAGUAUGAGACUCAUCGCUACCGUUAACCCCGAGUAUGUCAGCACAGUCUACAUACCAGACGAAUGGGAGGUGCCUCGAAAAAAGGUACAUCUGCUCAAGGAACUUGGUAACGGUUCCUUCGGAAUGGUGUACGAAGGCAUUGCCAAAGAUGUGGUCAAAGGCAAGCCCGAAAUGAGAUGCGCCGUCAAGACAGUCAACGAGAACGCCACCGACAGGGAGAGAGUUGAGUUCCUCAACGAAGCUUCGGUCAUGAAGGGCUUUAAUACGCACCACGUAGUGAGACUGCUAGGCGUCGUAUCGCAGGGUCAGCCAACUUUGGUGGUCAUGGAGUUGAUGGUGAACGGAGAUCUCAAAACGUAUCUGCGUAGCCAUCGUCCAGACGUCUGCGAGAACUUUUCGCGUCAGCCACCCACGCUCAAUCGAAUCAUGCGGAUGGCCUUGGAGAUAGCGGAUGGUAUGGCUUAUCUCGCGGCCAAGAAGUUUGUGCAUCGAGACUUGGCAGCUCGUAACUGCAUGGUCUCCGAUGAUCUGACUGUUAAGAUUGGUGACUUCGGUAUGACAAGAGACGUGUACGAGACAGACUACUAUAGGAAAGGCACUAAAGGUCUACUGCCCGUCAGAUGGAUGGCACCAGAAAGUCUUAAGGACGGAGUAUUCACCAGUUUCUCUGAUGUUUGGAGUUAUGGUGUUGUGCUCUGGGAGAUGGUAACUCUGGCUUCUCAGCCCUACCAAGGGCUAUCGAACGAUCAGGUCUUGAGAUACGUAAUCGAUGGUGGUGUAAUGGAGAGACCAGAAAAUUGUCCCGAUAUAUUGUAUGGAAUGAUGCGACAGACAUGGUGUCACAAGGCAACGAGAAGACCUACUUUUAUUGAUAUCGAAAGAGAACUCAUGCUGGAAGUAGAUACAACAGAAUUCGAGAAAGUCAGCUUUUACCACAGUCCUGAUGGUGUUGAAGUUAGAAACCAAAAUCCUCCUUCUCAAUACCGCACUGAUAAAGAAUUAGAAAUGGUAAUGCAAGAAUCACGCGAGGAUGAGGCUGAGGGUGGAGAAGACUCGCCGUUGCGUCAAGAUUUCGGUGAUUUCUCAUCGUUUGAGCCGAUGACCCGAAGAAAGAAUGGCUCAUCUGGUCAUUUUGGGAUGGAACCCUUCACGGAUAAUUCCAAGUCUCCCACGUCCUUGGCACUCGGCUUUCUCGACCUCAACUCGUCUAAAGCACCGCUUAAGGCUGGCUUUGACGAUUUCGAUGGUGUCUCUGUAGGUUCACUCGCCUCCAGUAAAGAUACGUUGAAUCUUCCCUUCGCCGAGGACAGUGUCAAGCCUGCCAAAAACUCGCCGUUUGCCCAGAAAAAAUCCUCCUCAAAAGGCAACGUUAGUCAGAGCUCAGCAGGCAAAUCAUCACUGAGCCCACAGAGCCCCAGCAUCAUCGCCACCACUGGCAAUCUUGGUAGCAAGCCAAGUCCCUCACUGGUGUCAAGCACUCGUUCAGAUCCCGAGUAUGAGAACCGCAGUCCAGAGGCAGUCGACCAGCUGCAGCAGCAACCGCCGACUCGUGACGUAGCCUCGUUGCGCGUCAGCUUUCCUUCAAUGGACGCUAUAGACUCUGAUGAAACUGUCAUACCUGAAACUACUAGCAGCAUUGUUGUCGACAGUAACUCAAGUUCAGCGACAUUGCCCAGUGCCAAGCAACAGUACGCAAACAAGUCGGGUGAGCAGCAAGCUGCACCUUUGAACAACGGAUACAUCGGUGGUCCGGCCACGUAGCCUCGCGAGGGCGUCGCCGCGGGCGCAACAUCAGAGCCCUCGACAGCGGCGGCGGUAGUGAACCUCGGCGGUGGCAGCAGUAUCCGGAGAGCCGUCAGCGCCUGAGUCAGCAGAGUAACCGAGGAAAACACCGAAAGGGAGAGUGACAAGACAUGUGUUAUUUUGAAGCUCUCUCUUUCAUGUUCUUCUUUUUGUCAUUUUUUUCUUUUUGUAUUGUAUUUUGCGAGCGCAGGAAAGAUCGAUCGAUAGAUAUAUUAUACCUAGAUACACAUGCAAAGGAACUGUUGCGUUAUCAUCAUAAUGUAGGAUUGUUGCUCUUCUUGGGAGAAAGAGAACGUCGCCUCAUUAAUUUUCUUGGUUGUAUAAUAGAAUUAGUUUGCUUGUGAAACUUAGUUUUUUUAAAACUGUUUUUUGAAACCUAACUUCUUCCAUGUCGAGUUUAUGCACGUGUAUGAUUAAUUUCAACGCAGUAGCUUAUAAAGUACUUGCAAUUAGAACAAAAAGUUCAAUGAAGCAUGCUUGUAUCAACAACAAAAACUUUAGAUAUUUUAAGUGCUAGAUUCGCGUUGACUAACACGAUGAAAAAUUUAAAAGUUCAUAUUUUAUACUUGUAUUUUUUGUAUCAGUUUGAUUCCAUAAACGAUUAGUAGUCAGGUAUUUGCAUUCUUCAAAGUUAAGUCCGUAUAUCCAUAAGUUAAAUUAGAAAAAAAAAUUUAUUACAAUUAAAUUAACAUUGCUAAUAAUUUUAGUUUUAUUCUACAACCAGUAACAUCUAUAAUCGGUUAUCUGUGAUUUUUCAGUGAAUUGGAAAAUUAUGAAAUUGAAUGUUGAUUAGGCGAACAAUGAACCGAAAAUCAAUAUUAAGAAAUUUCACAGAUAUGAAGACAUAGUAGACAAGACUUUCUCCCAAAAAUGAAAUUUAGUCGUCUUUUUUCGAAGAGUUCGUAAUUUCAAACGUAAUUUAUAUACAUAUAUAAAUAUAAAGACGUAAGGUUGCAUUUUAAACUUGUAGACGUGUAAUUGAAUAUGCGAGAAUGGGACAACUUCGCGAUCUAUAUCUAUACAUAUAGAAGUAAAGGCGUAAACGUAGAAUUGUUUUAAAUGAUUGACAGCUCGAGAGAAGCUGCAAAAAUUAAUGUAAAGUACGAUACUCCUUUGAUUCCUCUAAUUUUUGUAAAUGUAAGUUCAAUAUGUGUAUUGUAAGUUAAUUCCGUCUCCCAAUUGUAGAAAGAAAAUCGUGUUUUUUUAAUGCGCGUAGAGAUACUGCCUUCUUGUUAUUUUCUCACAAAAUUGAAAGUAACAGUGACGCUGUAUCGAAAACUGCGGGAUAAAAUUCGCGAAGAUAAGCAUCACGCGUGCUUGUAGAUAAAAUUUCAGACUUUCCGCUAAUAAUUACUUCUGAAAACAGAUCUUUUUUAAUGAUGUUUUGUUUAAAUAGUUCGUAUUUGUACAGAGUAGUUAUGAAGAAUUUUCAAAACAACCCACAGAAUUCAAAGAAACUGCAAAAUGGAAUUAUUACAAGUGCUAAAUCAUUUUGCAUAAUUUUCCUGAAAUUUUGACAUACACAGAAAUAGUACCUUGAAGAAUAUGUAUCAAAAUGAGACAUAUUUAAAAAAAUAUCUUUUUUCAUUAAUAAUAAACAGACUUCAAAUUAUCAAAGAUUCUUAUACAGAAUUCCACAAAGUGUUCAUAAAAAUCCUAUGAAAAUAUAUUGUAAUAUAAUAAUGUAAACGCAAGUUUCACGAGGAAAAACUGAAAAUUACAUGAUCGUCGCGGAAUCCUCGUAAAAGCGCGCGCGUAUCUGGUAGACAAUAUUAUAAUGUCUUGUUUAUUUGCAUGCCGUGGCAUCCCUAGAUUAUAAGGUUAAAGAAACGAAGCAAGCUAUAGAAACGAAGUCGAACGACCAUUGACUGUAAAAUAGUUUAAUUUUGUUUGUCCACCCCGCCAGCGUUUUUCGCUUGAACUGAUUAAUUAAUUAGGAUUUAUCAAAUGAAAACAUAAGAAAAGGAAAAUAUGAUGUUAUAAAAUAUGAUAGUUGGACGUUUCGAAAAAUUUGUUUUUGUCAUCGUCCACAAGUCAAUUUGCUUGAUGAUUCGUACACCAUUUUCAUAAAAAAUGUAUUAACAUUUUUAUAACUUCGUAACGUGAAUCUGCAUUGGAGUUAAAACAGAUAGAAUUAUUUUUUGCUUUAAUACUUGAUAUUAUUUUAGUCAGCUUUUAAGCUAAACAAAAUUAAGCAAGUGCAAUCAGCAAUGAUCGUUCGUUUUAUCAAGUCGUGGUUAUAAAUGUGUAAUUUAUUUUUUAUUGACGAGGGAUACGAUCAUCAAGGAUUCCCAGCCAUAUAGAUUAUACGCAGUACUAUUUAAACUGUAGGCUGACUUUUCCCUUUCAUCAGUAAUCGCGCAACCUCUUGAUAGGGCGAUUGCGCAUUAGCGUUUAAAGAUAUAUUCAGUUUAAAUUUUUUCGUGCGUCUUUUUCCAAACUAUUUUAUAUUUAUACACAAAUUUUUACGGUGCUUCUUUUCACGUUUUGUUUUUUGCUUUUUACCAUUAUUUUGUUUGCAUUCGUUGAAAGAAAGCUUGUCGAGAAAAAAAUGAAACAUCAGUAUUUUUAAUAAAUAUGUAAUUUUUAUAAUACAAGUGUACGGGUGACAGUUUACAAUGUUUUUUUACGAGACGUAAUAGAAAAUAUGAAAACUUCAAAGACUUUUAAACGAGGAGAGAAUGACGAACUAAUGAGAUGCACGUAAAUAUUUAAAGGAAGUGUAUGUGUUUUCACGAAAGUGCGUACGUCCUUCAUAGGUGUCUUAGUUCGAAUGUAAAAUUCGAUUAUAAUAAAAUGGAACAAAAUAAGAUACACGAUAGCCGACCAAUAUAACGUGAAUCACGGUUUCGUCACUUUGCCCGCUGUGUUCUUCGCUAAGUCAGUUUAGUUGACUUUUUCCUCUAUAAAGUUCACGGUUUCGUCACUUUGCCCGCUGUGUUCUUCGCUAAGUCAGUUUAGUUGACUUUUUCCUCUAUAAAGUUUAUAUUUUGAUGAAAUAUUUUGUACAGUCGAAGUGUUGGAACUACCUUGCGCCUUGAUGGAUCUUUAACGAAUAAGAGAAAUACACGCAGCUGUUAAUUUUUGUUUUUUUGUUUUAACAAAAGGUUUAAAAUUUGAACUGAUCGUUUGUAGCGCAGAUUAUCAAUGCAAAUUUCAUUCGGAAUCAAUUUGAUGUUUUUAGUAAAUCGCUAAAAUCAAUAUUGUAAAUGCGAUUGCGUAUUUUAUAUUUAAUCAAGGAUAACUAUUGAUUAAAUAUAGAAAUGACAAAUCAGUGUAUAGUUUUGUUGGUUGAUAAAGAUUUCUUCUUAAUUCGUAAAAAGUUACUGCUUAAUUUUAACAUAAAUUUGAUAAGCGUGAAAAUUUGUAAGAUUCACAGAGAUACAUCGACCCCAUGUCGCUGGCUUAAGUUGUCUUGUAUAAACUGUCUCUCUUCCGGAUGCUCUGAUCAAUAUCAGUAUGAAAAAGGCAAAGAGUACAAUGCCAGCGAUACUUAGUAAGCGUUCGCAAAUUUUCAGGUAGAUUAAAUUAUACUGCUACAUUGCAUAGUCAACUCUGUUUCUAUUGGUGCAUGACUUUUGAUUCAAUAUUAGGUCUAUUGUAUAAUUUCUUUAAUUUCUUUAAUGGGUAAAAGUAUAACAUAAAUGUUUUAAUCAAUUCGUUGCAAAUUAACUAAAAAUAAUUUUUAUAAAUUACUUAAUAUCGCAGUCUUAAUAAUCAUUCUGAGAUGAAAUCAUACAGUUUUCAGAUUGCAAUAUAAAAUAUCCAAAGUUUGAUUUUCAAGUUCAAAAACGGCAUGGAAGCUCUUAUUGGGAAUUUAAAUAAUUGUAUCUUUAAAGGCUGCUUUUUCAAAGGCUGCUUGGUGCUAAACUGCCCUACAAAUAAACAAAAACAGAGAAAAAUAAAAAAAAAUAGUUGAUAAAGUCACGUCCUUAAGAGUCUGUCUCUCUCUCUAUAUCUCUGUAAGUAAAACGAUGCAACAAGUAAAAAUGUCCAUCGAAGGCACUUCAUUUUUAGAGGAGAGAACGUAGACUGCUUUAACCCGAUAAGAGCCAAGAUUAAAUGAAAGAUUUUGGGAAUUGUUAAAGGUCUAGCGCUCUGAAUCAUUUUUUUAAAGUACUAUGAUUUUCUGCACAGUUCAAUCAAUACUUCAUUAACAUGAUCAGCAGGACUUUGUCAAUGAUUUCUUAAUGUAGUGCUAAAAAUAAUGACUUGGUACAUGGCCUUAAGAAAUUAUUUCUCAUUAUGUUCAUGCUAUUAUACUGUUCUUUGCCAGUGAAUUAUCAUAGUUUUUAAAAAAGUGCUAGCUAGGCGGUAUUAUCAAAGUUAAGAGUGAUUGAAAAGCAAAGGUAGUAUCGACGAGAUUAAAAGCGACACAAUUUAUGGAUUUACAAAUAAGAAUGAAAGGGCAAAAGAAAAAAACUAAACUAAACGAUUAUACUAUGCGAGCAACGCGAUUUAGAGUUUGAGAGAAAAAAUAACUCGACACAUUGAGCCUCAAAUACAAGACUGAUUAGCUAAACCUUCUGUAUAAACAUGUAAUCUCCCAAUUAUAAGUUAAAUAAUGUUAAUUGACGAAGUGGAAGGCAAAGAGGAAAACGAGCUUUCUGAAAAAAAGUAAAGAGAAAACUAUCACCAUAAAAAAAUAAUAAUAAAAUGAAAAUAAAGCUCGAAUAAUGAUUUUUUUAAAGAGAAAUUUGUUUUCAAGAAUGCAAGGUGGUAGUUGUUACAUCAGUUUUGUUCUCAUGCAGAAAGACCGAUUCCUUUUUUUUUUCAUUCGCUUCACCAUAUACCCGCUUAUACGUGUAUAUAAUUAUUAUAGUAUAAAGUUUAAAAAAGAAAUAAACAAGUAAUCAUAACAAAAAUCGAAAUACCAGUGACCUAAUAGACCUAUUUUAAUUGUACGCUUUACAUUUAUGAAAAAACACGUAUUAUAAAUGCAUAUAUAUAUAUACAUAUACAUAUGAAUAUAUGUUUUUAAAAGAAACAAAAACUAAUGAAAAACGUGCGCGCUAUAUUCAUAAAUUAUAUUACUAUUAAUUAAGGUAACGAAGCUGUACAGAUAAUGAGACGUAUCAGAUUGAUUAGGACAUAUAUGUACCUUUAACUCCACCUUUUUUUUAUUCACAAAGAUAGAUAAACGAGUCUUGAAUUGGUGAUAAAUGAAAACCGACUGCGACGCGUCGCUCUCUUGUCUUUCUCUCUUUUAAUCAUAUAUAAGCGAAAAAUCAAUGUAUGAACUAUCUAAUAUUGUAUUAUUUGUAUAUUUCCGUUACAUAUGUAAGUCGAUGUUUUUUCAUCAUUGGAAAGGAUUGAUCCUUGUGUAAAAUAGACUGAAAGUAUGUAGAAUUUUUCUAAGUCUUUGAAUGUGUUCUAUAGAUAAAAAAAAGAUACAAUAUUAUUAAUUAAUGAACUUCGCAGAUCUUAUAUAUGUCCAAUUUUUAUCACCAAUACUUUUUUAUCGAAUUACUAUGAUGAAAAUCAUCGACUGAAGUUCAUGACAAAUUCUGUAAGGAACUUACUGUUAAGUAAUAUAAACUUGGAAUAAUAUUUUCGAAAGAGAUGUGAAAGUCAUGUUUUGUUUUGACAGUUGUACCAUAAUAUGUAUUUGUUCUCCAUUUAUUUAUAAUAUUAAAGCAUGAAGCUUUUUAAGCAAUGUACAUAUUUCAAUGUGAAUCAUUGUAGGAUCUACAAUUGUUUACGUCAAAGAAGAGUACAAUUGUACAGUUUUUAGUUUCAAUAAAGCAUUAUGGUAUUUAUAACAGUGAGUUUAAAUCGAGUCUAUUUAGAGUGUUAACCAAUGUAUGACUUUCAGAUUUCUUGAAAAAAAAAAAACAGAAAAGAAGUUUGACUUGCAUCUUUGUAAAUCAGUACAGGAAAAAGAACGAUCCAUGAUUUACAUGAAAAUCAUCGCACACAUAAUCGCAUAAAAAUUUCGCAGUCUGGUUUUCGAUCAUCUAACCUGCAUGGCAUCAUAUCGAUAUUUGUGUAAAAACUUUAAUAGUUAUUUUCGUUUUGUUUAUUUUGUUACCAAUUAAUGUUACACCAAGGCACCGAUAUACGUAAAAAUGUAUACCUCUGUUAAAGUUAUUAAAGAUUUUUUUUGUACGCCCCUAUCAUUUGUACCGUCUAUGUAAAUGUAUAUUAUUUCAGCGCAUCGCUCGAUUUUAUUAUAAUUCUGCUUUUUAAGCGUCCUCGCGGUUUGAUAAAUACUAACUAGUUAAUCGUAGAGACGCGCAAUUAGGUUCAUUCUCUCCUAUACUUUUCUUUCUAUUUUAAAAAAUUUGGUUUAGCAAUUUUAUAAAUUAAUCCUUCUCUUCCGUAAAUAUACGCGCGUAUAUGUAAAAUAUUUAAGAAGACAACACAGCGGAAAGUCAUUGGGAGAAUCUGUUCGAACGUGUCGACAGAAAGGCAAUGUUCUUUACUUGUAUAAAUAUGUUAUUGAAAGAAUGGCAAAAGGCCACGAGCUAAUAAGCAGUAGACAAUGCGAUCAGUUGCGAGUUUUUUGAAGGAAUAUAAAGAAUUUGAUCGCAUCUGUCUGGUGGAAAAAUUCGACUGACGCUUUCGCUUUUCCAUCGAGCUACUUUCGAAGGGUACUUCCCCCAAAGUAUUUUUCGCCCACUUUCGGUGCAAACUCCUCCCGCUUUUUCAUACAAGCGAUUAUAAAUAUACGAGAGAAGCGCACUGAGGAUGUUUGUGAAAACGGGAGGCGACCUGCAACGCGUCUCGAAGCGAGCCAUAUGGUAUAAGCGAAUUUAUAUUCUAUAUAAAACAGAAACGAAUGAAUAAAAAUGAAAAUCCACACGCGGACAGACGGGAGUUUCGAUCGGCGAUUGAACCGUAUAUAAAUAUAACAGAAGAAUAAAUAAAUAUGCCAGCGUACCCAAUGUAUUAUAUAUUAUAUAGUGAAAAGCCUCGCUCGUAUUCUCAAGUAUUUAAGGAUCUAAAAUGGAUAAGUGCGUAGAAUAAACAAAUGAAUAAAUAUGAUUAUACAUAUAUUAUACAUAAAUGUAUACAUAUUUACAUAAACAUUAUACUAUAACUAUUAUAAUUAUCAUUAUUAAUAUCAUCGUUAUUUUUAUCAUUAUUAUUGAUUAAUUGUAUAAAGUAACUGAUUGUUUAUGUUAUAAUAUGCUUAUUACUUAGUCAAAUAUUUGUAUUGAAUAUAAAGAUUAAUAAUACCAACAAGAAGAGUGACAGGCUCUCUCGGGUCUGGCUUCCGGAUAAAACUCGUAGAAUUGUUUACUGCUAAGCAGUUUUAUCGAAGUUUUAUCUAAAUCUGCCACCUAAAGUCCUGGCGCUCUUCUUGCAAGUACUUUUCCUACGCAAAUGAAAGAACCGCAAACUGUGUUCGUAUAAGUCGAGACCGAGAAACGAAUGAAACGAGCAAAGGAUUUUUAAAUCGCUGUUGCUAUAAGGCCUAACGAUUUUUCUUCUUUCUAUCGCUCGAAUGCUCAUAAAAUAAACGAUUGUUGAUCGAUAUCGAGCCAACAAAAUGAUCAUCGGUGUGCGUUUUCAUGUAUUUACUAAUGCAUUAUAGUUUCUCGACUGUCAAAUAAUACCUAUUGUAUUUAUAUUGCUUGGUUCUAUGGAUAAAGCGCUCGUAUUGAAAUUCUCGUUAAAUAAUUCUCUUCGCAAGUUCCGAAGUAGACCGAAGUCACGAUAUCUCUCUCGUAAACUUAGAUAAGAUAAGUUUUUCGACAUUUUUCCGUAUUCAAUCUAUCUAUCCUCGCAAAAACUUUCAACUAGCUUUGCUCACAUUCGAUACAGACUUAUCAAACUUUUCAAAAGAUAUACAACAAUACAACGCGACGCGAUAGAAUGCAUUUUAUUAUUGCACAUCUUCGAAAAGCAAUAUAACGAGCAAACGAACUUGUCAAAAGUGCCGACUCUCAUACCGAUGAUCAGUAAACGAUUCCUCAAAUUAUAGAUACGUGUUAUAUAAGCGAGGGCGAAGGAAAACACGACACAGUGUAGCAACGACGAGAAGGAAAAACGGAAGGCUCCUGAAUAAUUGUAUACCAGUUUUUGCUUUCUUCUUUCCUUUUCUUUUUGUAAGCGGAUUUACCUAUAGAGGAGAGUACAUAAGAACGACGAAUCGAAGCUGUAUGAUGAAUUGAUCACACGUGCCGCUUCCUGCGUCUCGCUUUGGUGUGCUUAUUUAUUAUAAAUUUUGUAAAUAUUGUACAAGACAUUUCGAUCAAAUACACAGGAGAACAUUUCAUACACUAUUAAAUAUA